CAUCUUGUGGAGCCUGUUGGUGGUGUCGUUUUCAGAAACUACUUUUCGUAAAAUAAAAAGUACCACGAACAGAUUCAGAUAAUUAAACAACGCUACAACAAAAAAAUCGACAUUUUAGCAGCUACUCAGUUGAAUUUUCAUCGUACCAAGGAUCGGGAGGUCCUCUGUCCUUGUUCGCGAGGAGGGAAGUGGGGAUUGCGAGAGGACAGUUGGAGAUUGAGGACAAACCCAGCCUGCUGCUCUCCUUCCACACUGAACCCAAACAAGAGUCACUGGAUUCUGGGUGUGACAGUGGAGCUCAGUCGUCAUUGGUGGAUUCAGAGAUGACAUCAGUGGAGCAGGAAGACUGCAGUCAAAUACUGGGACUGAAUGAUAUUAGAUGUGAAGAGGAGGUGAUUGGAGAUUUAACUAACAAAGAUGAGAUUGCUGAAGUUGAUACAUUACCUACUUCUGGAGUUCAACAACAUGAAGAUUACAGAGAUAAGAAUACUCACCUCUGUCCCCAUUGUGGAAAACGAUUUCUAUAUGAGUCAGUUUUAAAAAGACACAUUAACACACAUACAGGAGAGAAGUGUUAUUCCUGUUCUGACUGUGGGAUGAGUUUCUCUAUGUAUGGUGGCCUGAAAGAGCACCAGCGCAUACACACUGGAGAGAAGCCUUACUCCUGUUCUGACUGUGAGAAGUAUUUCUCUCGUUUAAGUAGCCUUAAAUCUCACCAGCGCAUUCAUACAGGAGUGAAGCCUUAUUCCUGUUCUGACUGUGGGCAGUGCUUCUCCCAUUUAGAUAAACUUCAAGCUCACCAGCGCAUACAUACAGGAGAGAAGCCUUACUCCUGUUCUGACUGUGAGAAGUGUUUCUCUCAUUUAAGUACCCUUAAAAUUCACCAGCGCAUACAUACAGGAGAGAAGCCUUACUCCUGUUCUGACUGUGGGAAGAGUUUCUCUCGAUUACAUUCCUUUAAACGACACCAGCGCACACAUACAGGAGAGAAGCCAUACUCCUGUUGUGACUGUCGGGAGAGUUUCUCUCAGUUAGAUAACCUUAAACUUCACCAGCGCAAACAUACAGGAGAGAAGCCUUACUUCUGUUCUGACUGUAGGCAGUGCUUUUCACAGUUACAUCAUCUUGAACGUCACCAGCGCAAACAUACAGGAGAGAAACCUUACUCCUGUUCUGACUGUGAGAAAUGUUUCUCUCAUUUACAUACCCUUCAAGCUCACCGGAGCAUACAUACGGGAGUAAAACCUUACUCCUGUUCUGACUGUGAGAAGUGUUUCUCUCUUUUAAGUAGGCUUAAAACUCACCAGCGCAUUCAUACAGGAGAGAAGCCUUACUCCUGUUCUGACUGUGGGAUGAGAUUCUCUAUGUUUGGUAGCCUUAAAGAUCACCAGCGAAUACAUACAGGGGAGAGGCCUUACUCCUGUUCUGACUGUGAGAAGAGUUUCUCUAGAUCAACCAGCCUAUAUCAACACCAGCGCAUUCAUUCUGGAAUGAAGCCAUACUCCUGUUCUCACUGUGGGAAGAGUUUCACUCAGUUAGGUAGCCUGAACAUUCACCAGCGGAUACAUACUGGAGAGGUGCCUUACUCCUGUUCUGACUGUGGGAAGUGUUUCUCUAGAUUAAAUAGCUUAAAUAAUCACAGGAGAAUACAUACUGGAGAGAAGCCUUACUCCUGUCCUGACUGUGGGAAGAUUUUCUCUCGAUUAUACACCCUUACAUGUCACCAGCGCAUACAUUCUGGAGGGAAGCCAAAAUGACACAAUAAAGAAGGAAAUGUGUAAUUACUUACAGUAAGUAAGCUGUCGUCAAUUGGAAUAGGGCCGAUUGCCUGUCGUUGGUUUCAUGACAGUCUUAAGGAUAGAAGUCAGGCUGUUAGAGUAGAACCGUCCAAUCAGAGCCACUGGAGUUGGUUAAAGGGGUCCCACAAGGUUCUAUACUUGGUCCAUUACUGUUCACUCUCUACAUAAACAAUAUGGGUAAUGAGAUAAGACAGAGCACAAUUAAAGUAUAAUGUACUCUUUUGCUUUGACAGCUGACCAAGUGUUAUUGCAGCUGGAGACAGAUUUUAAGGUACCACAAGGGACUUUUUUGCAACUUAAACUGGUUUUAAAUGCAAAGAACAAAUGUUAUUGGUUUCUAUAGGUCCAAAAUGCUAGUUGACAAUAUAGUUGCACUCACGGGCUUGAUGGCUCUAAAUAAUCUCUGCAUAUAAAUACUUGGGUAUCUGGCUGGAUGAUAAACUGUCUAUUAAAAUAUGUGUUGAUGAACACCGUAAAAGGCUAAAGAUCAAGCUAGGCUUCCUGUUUAGAUACAGAACAUGUUUGUCUUCUACAAAUAGAAAACAAGUUGGGCAGGCUACUUAUGUCAGUUAUAGAUUAUGGGGAUAUUAUCUACAUGCUACGGCAUCCAAACCGCUGGAUGAUUGUUAUCAUUGUGCACUUCCUGUUUAUUACUUGUUAGCUACAGAACUCACCACUAGUUUAUAUCAAAGAAUGGGAUGGACAUCGCUGUUCUUGAGACGAGAACAACAUGCUUUCUUGUCUUGCUUAUGGAAUAGUCUGCAGACCAAACUUACUUGGGACUCUUGUCCAUUUCAAACAUUUAUUGUUUCUGUGUUGCUUGUAACUGUUUUGGGUUAAGCAGGUUAUGUGCUAUCAGGGGAUAUAUAUUUAUAUUUUUUUUACCUAAACUUAUUUUUUUUGUGUUGCCUGUAACUGUUUUUGAUUCUGUGCACUGAUAAAUGUAUAAAACUUUAAAAAAGGCACAUGUGUUGAAGGGCCUUGUGCAUGGUCUGUAGGUCCCUGGGUUAGGUAUCUAUACAUACAUACAUGCAUACAAUUCUAAUGAUUAUUCCUAUGAAGUUAGUAGAUACUAGUAAGCCUAUUACUGGCUAAUAACCUGUUAAAAUGGCCAGUGGCAAA